GUUUGGCAGGAAACCUGUUCUGUUCAGUUCCAUUUUCAUACUAAGUGUCUUCAACAUCGCUUUGAGUUUUGCUCAGUCCUGGGCCGUCUUCAAUGUGCUUUUCUUCAUGGUGGGCAUGGGUCAGGUCAGCAUUUGCAUAGUUCUUCUUGUACUUGGUUCUGAGCUCCUAGUUGAUGUUCCAAGAGUUCUCUUCAGCAGCCUUGCUUUGAGCUUUUUCUAUUCAGCUGGUAUGGUGGCAUUCCCUGGCACUGCCUACAUAGUCAGGAACUGGAGAUAUCUAUCAGUGUUAAUGGCUUUGCCUGGUCUGGCCUGUUUCCCCCUUUGGUGGCUGGUUCCAGAAUCUUCUCGCUGGCUAGUGUCCAAAGGCCGUUUUAAAGAAGCAGAACUCCUGCUAAGUCUCAACAGUCUGAACAGUCGCAGCAACCCAAACAACCUCAACAGCCUGAACAACCUCAGCAACCUGAACAACCAGCACAACCUGAACAACCUCAGCAACCUGAACAACCUCAGCAACCUGAACAACUUCAGCAACCUCAGCAACCUAGGGUUUUCUUUGAAUGUGAGCUACUUUGGAUUAUCAUUCAAUAUGACUACUCUUCAUGGCAACCCCUUUCUGAACUACGCCUUGCUGUCACUAAUGGAUAUCCCGCACUUGGUCAGCUGGUUUAGCGCAAAAUAUUUUCCUCGCCGCGUGUCCUUUAUUGUCUUCUCCCUGCUGUUGGCGCUGGCACUCUUCCUCAUCCAGAUCACUUUGCACAAGUAUCACAACAUCACCCUCACCCUGGUGCUGAUAGGUAAAUUUGGAGUCCUGGCUUCUGAAAGAAUCCUGCACCUGCUCACUGGAGAGCUGUCUCCCACAGUCAUCAGGAAUACGAUGUUGUCGUCUGCUGCGUUAUUCUCCAGAGUGGGGUCCUCUAUCACCCCAUACAUAUUGCAGCUGGCUGUGUUCUACGAGUUCCUGCCGUGGUUGACUGUGGGUCUCCUGUCAGUCAUCGGUGUCUUUGUCUCCCUUUUCCUUCCGGAGUCAUUUGGAAAACCGCUUCCUGAUACCAUCGAUCAGAUGCAAGUCAUUAAGAAGUAA